AUGUCGAUUCAAACAAAUGUGGAUUUAGGAUUCCCGUUACGAUUAUUUUCAGUGGGUUGUGAGCCGAAACCGAAGAAAAAUAUCAAUCACCAUAGUAAAACAGAGUUUCUAGAAGAUGUAGAAAAUGCUGUUGGGGAAGAAGUGUGGGACAUUGUUCGUGCUUUUCCUCUCGGAGUUAUUAUACGGUUCGUAGAAAAUAAAUUCACUUGGUCGUCAAAGAUUGUCGAGCAUCUUCUGGUGAACCAACUUGCUUGCAAGAAAAAGCCGGAGAUGUGGUGCUUGUUUGGAAAUACACCAGCUCGGUUCUCUUUGUCGGAGUUCGAAAACAUAACUGCUUUGAACUGUGAGGAUGAUAAAAAGGAGCUUCCCCUUAAACUUUCUCGUAUGGUUUUCGACUUGCCGAAAUUUGAGAAAUAUCCAUGGGGGAGAGAGGCUUUCAAGCGGUUGAUUGCUUCAGUGAAGCGUGUAAACUUGAAUGCUAACUCAUACACACUAGAUGGAUUUGUUCAGACGCUUCAAGUAUGGGCUUACAAUGUCGUCCCAAGCCUCGGAGCAAAGAUUGGACGUCCAUCAAACAUUGACGGUCCUCCUAUUCUGAAGUUUAAAGGUCUAAAAGGAACAAAUAACAUUGAUAUCAAUCUCGUCUCAGUUGCUGAUACGGAUAACAUCAGGAAUGUUUUUAUCAAUCAUGUAACACCUACUGUUUCGGAUGAUAAAGUUGUCGACAAGAAGAUUGACGCUCUCCUACAAGCCAUAUGCAAAGAAGGAGGUCUGGGACUUGUGACUUGGGUAGAGCAUGGCACAAAAAACAUCCAAAUGGAAAAGAACACUGGAGAAGAAGUUAGAGGAGAAGCUGAAGAAGAAAACGAAAAAAAAUGAUGAUAAGGAAACAUCAAGGAAACGAAAAAUAAAAGUGAGGAUAGAUAGCACGAAGAAACUGAAAGCACCAGAGUCGAGUG